AUAUUCAAGUAACAUUAGUCAAUAGGGUCUUUGUUGCUUUUUUAUUUUGCAGUUUAGCUAAAGUUUAGUUUCUGUCUGACAUCUGUUUCUGUCAUGUUUGUGGAUUAAAAAGUGAACAUUCUUGGAGAAUAAUAUUAAUAAACCACACUGGAAGAUGUUGGAGUUCUUAGACGUGUUAGUGAUUUAUUUCUCAACACAACUUUUCCUCCACGUAUAAAAAAAACGAGUUUAUAUAAAGUAAGUUGGACAUAAAAGACGCUUUUGUUUAAGCUAGCCGUGAAGCUAGCGGAGCUGCUUCCGUGUUUUCGGCCACGUUACCGCCAUUCAGUCUGACGUCAUCAGACAGCGCCGCAUUGUUGACAUUAGCAGAAAGAAGAAUGAGCAGAGAAGUGAAUUAACGGCUGAGUUAACGGAGCGGCUGCCGGUGGUUUCUGCUCGGCUCUCGGGAUGCGGCUCUUCUAGCUCGACUCUGCGGUUUUACACAGAAUGAGUCGUGAUGAAGAGACCAAAGCUCGCUGGAGUCUUCCUCUUCGUGGGCUGCCUUCUCGCCUACCUGAUGUUUGUGAAGCGUCACUACGGCGCCGCCAAGCCCGAAGCCUACAGACUACCUCCCCACCACCAGCAGCGGCCCGGCCUCGAUAGGCCCGUCAGCUUCCAGUAUGGCAUCAUGUUCGAUGCUGGGAGCACUGGGACGAGAAUCCACGUCUUCAAGUUCCACACAGACAACAGAGAAGCUCCCAAACUGGCCCACGAGACGUUCAGAGCCAUCAAACCUGGACUGUCUGCAUACGCUGACGAUCCAGAGAAGUGCACGGCCGGGAUCGUGGAGCUGCUGGAGGUGGCGAAGGCCAGCGUCCCCCCCUCCGUCUGGAGCAUCACCCCGGUGGUCCUGAAGGCCACGGCCGGCCUCCGCCUGCUGCCCGGAGAGAAGGCCGACCACCUGCUGGACAGAGUGAGGGCGCUGUUCAUGGAGUCUCCGUUUCUAUCCAGAGACGACAGCGUGUCCAUCAUGGACGGCACCGAUGAAGGGAUUUCUGCCUGGAUCACCGUCAACUUCCUCACCGGUGGUCUUCAUGGUGCUGACUCGCCCACAGUUGGGAUGCUGGAUUUGGGCGGCGGGUCGACUCAGAUCACCUUCAGCCCUCAGGACGAGAAAACCAUCCAGACCUCACCGAUCGAAUACAUCAGGUCCUUCCAGAUGUUCAACAACACACACACCGUCUACACACACAGUUAUCUGGGUUUGGGUCUCAUGUCGGCUCGACUCGCCAUCUUAGGAGGCGUCGACGCGAUGCCCCUGGAGGGCAGCACCCAGCUGGUCAGCCCCUGCCUUGCUCCAGAGUACUCGGGCAGCUGGGAGCACGCGGACGUCGUCUACGCUGUGAGGGGACAGAAGGCAGGGGAGCCGGUUUACGAGGCGUGUCUGACCAAAGUGGAGAAGCUUCUGUACAGGAAGGUGACGAAGGCGUCCGAGGCCGCUGACGUCGACUUCUACGCCUUCUCCUACUACUACGACCGCGCCGUCGACCUUGGACUCAUCGAGGAGCAGAGCGGAGGAAGCGUCCGAGUGUCUGAUUACAUCGACGCAGCUAAACGAGUGUGCGGCCGUCCGUCCGUCAGUCCUCUGCAGAGUCCGUUCCUCUGUCUGGACCUGGUCUACAUCUCAGUCCUGCUGCAGGAACUCGGCUUCCCUCCAAACAAACAGUUCAAGUUGGCGAGGACCAUCAACCAGGUGGAAACCAGUUGGGCUCUGGGAGCAACUUUCCAUUACAUCGAGUCCCUGAAGAGACACUGAAGUCAAACAGCUUCCUGGACCCUGCUGAGGUUCUGGACCCUGCUGAGGUUCUGGUCUCAUGGUGACCUGAAGCUUCUCUCCUAUUGGCUGAUCUCUCGCAGGUUAUUUCAGUGAUGCUAAAGACUGAAAUAUCUCAUCAACUAUUGGAUGAAUUCAUGUCGAGUUGCAGCUGAUCAAUAUAUUCAUUACUGAUUAAUCAAUUAGUUGUUUGAUCCAUAAAAUGGUGAAAAAUGUGGAUCAAUGUUUCCAAAGAUCUU